AUGACUGCCCGCUCCGCAUCGACCCUCUCACCAGUCUCACCUCCAGUCUCGACUGCUCUUGCCUCAGACUCGUUCCAGCUGCUCUCGACAGCAGACAAGGCUGGUGCAGCAGAAGAUGCCCUGUUCCAGCAGCAAGUCCAGGAUGUGAAGUCAUGGUGGGCAACAGACAGAUACAAGGACAUAAAGAGGCCAUACUCCGCAGAGGAUGUAGUGAGCAAGCGAGGUACACUGCAGCAGUCAUAUCCCAGCUCAAUCACUGCUCGCAAGCUAUGGAAUCUCAUUCAAGAACGUGGCUCUCAAGGCCAACCCAUCCAUGUCAUGGGCACCAUCGACCCUGUACAAAUGACACAGCAAGCACCACAUCAAGAGCUGCUUUACGUCUCGGGAUGGACGUGCUCAUCUCUGCUCACCACAACCAACGAAGUCUCCCCUGAUUUUGGCGACUAUCCAUACAACACGGUCCCGAACGCCGUUCAGAGACUGUUCAAAGCCCAGUCAAUGCAUGACCGCAAGCAAUUCGAUGCGCGAAGGAAGAUGUCCGCAGAUGAGCGCGCCAAUACGCCAUAUGUUGAUUACAUCAGGCCGAUCGUCGCCGAUGGCGAUACGGGCCAUGGUGGUCUGUCAGCUGUGUUGAAGCUGGCAAAGCUUUUUGCUGAGAAUGGUGCUGCGGCGGUGCAUUUCGAGGACCAGCUUCAUGGUGGCAAAAAAUGUGGCCAUCUGGCUGGCAAGGUCCUCGUUCCGAUUGGUGACCACAUCAACCGUUUGGUGGCUGCUCGAUUUCAGUGGGAUAUGAUGGGGUCCGAAAACCUAGUCUUCGCUCGAACAGACGCCGAGAGUGGUAAGCUCAUAAGCAGUGUCGUCGAUGUCCGUGACCACGAAUAUGUCUUGGGCGUCACAGAGGAAACGGAGCCGUUGUCAGAAGUCCUGCAACAAAUGGAGCUCGAUGGAGCUUCUGGCGCCCAAAUCGACAAGUUCGAGGCAAAGUGGGUGAAGGACCACAAGCUAGUGUCCUUCGAUGAAGCUGUAGAAGCUCACAUCAAGUCAGAAGGUGGCGAUGCCGCUGAAUAUCUCGCCCAGACCACCAAAGACCGAAACAUGUCGCUGACAAAGCGUCGCACUCUGUCCGCCAAGUACACGAAGAAGCCUGUGGUAUGGUCCUGCGAUAUCCCCCGAACACGUGAGGGUCAUUAUCACUAUCGAGCAGGCAUUGCAGCCGCCACCAAACGCGCGAUGGAAUACGCUCCCUACGCCGAGCUUCUCUGGGUGGAGACUGGUCGUCCGCUCGUCGAACAAGCCGCCGCCUUCUCCGCAGAGAUUCGUGCUGUUCAUCCCAAUAAGGGCUUCGUGUAUAACCUGAGCCCAUCCUUCAAUUGGAAGAAGGAAGGCUACGAUGACAAAGCCUUGAAGAGCUUCAUCUGGGACCUCGCGAAGCACAAGUUCAUUGUCCAGCUUGUCUCCGUGGCUGGUCUGCACACGCAAGCCACCAUUACCACAGAACUGGCACGCAGGUACAAAGAAGAGGGAAUGCUGGCUUAUGUCGACAUGAUCCAGAACAAAGAGCGUGAGCUCAAUAUUGAUGUGCUCACUCACCAGAAAUGGAGUGGUGCUCCUUACAUGGAUGGUGUGCUUGGUGCCAUUCAGAGUGGCAGCAGUGGUAGCAAGAGUAUGGGUGAGGGCAACACAGAGGAUGACUUCUAG